AUGACUAAGCACCGCCAAGCCGCCAAGAUGGACAUUUGGUGUCGUGUUGCGCUGCCUCUCCUGGCCUCUCGACCCCUACUACCCCAGAAGGAGAUUGUAUUGCCUCCCCACGAGCCUCCCGACGAAACCGAACCUCUUCCCGACGCCAUGAGUGACCGUCGGGAUCAGGCGUACGACGCCGACCCCCGAUACCCUCUUACGACGAGGCUGCCGCCCACCGUCGAGACGGACGACGAAGGUAGCGAGUGGACGAGCGAGGAUGACGACGAGACCACCCAGGUCCGACGGGAGAUUCACGAAAUGGAAAUCGAGGAGGCCGAGGACAGCCGGUCGCGAUCCAUCUUUGGCAAACGCAUGCCCUUUUCCCUGACCCUGCCCAAGUGGAGGUGGUCUUGGCGCUUCCGGAUACCGCGGCCCCAGAUUCGAUUGCCCUCUAGGGCACCGGACACCAGUAACGACACCGAGGCCCGGACGGAGGAAGGGGAGGAGGAGUCUACGCCGAGGAGGAGGUGGGGGCUGCAGGCCUUGCGCGACGUGGACCCGUCCGUGGUCCUGAUUUUUCGACUUCUUGACAGGUGCCGCUUCGCGCGUCGGAGGGGCAUGCGGCCCGGCCUCGAAGAUCUCCGCAUAUUCUUACACAACCAUCUUGACGAGGCGCACAUGCGCGCAUCAGUCAAGCACUUUACCCAGUACGCCCACAUAGCCGGCACGGAGGGCGACUAUGCUUUGGCCGAAGAUGUUCGCGAAAUGUUCAUCCGUGCUGGGCUGGAUGACGUGGUCAUGGAACGGUACCACGCCUACUUGAAUUACCCUAGGGUCGAUGGCCGUGCCGUAGAGAUCCUCGGUGCCGAUGACAAGCCCGUCUGGUCUGCGAAGCUAGAGGAGGAGGAUGUUGGUUCGACCACCGCGGGAAGGCAGACGCUCGCUUUUCACGCUCACUCCAAAACCGGCACCGUGCAGGGUCCCCUCAUCUAUGCCAACUACGGCUCGCGCGAGGAUUUCGCCAAGCUCAAGGAGGCCAAAAUCGAGACCAAGGGAGCAAUCGCCCUCGUGAGGUACGCCGGCACCCAGAAGGACCUGGCAUUGAAGGUCAAGGCUGCGGAGCUUGCCGGCUUCGUCGGCUGUAUCGUUUACAACGACCCCGCCGAUAACGGAUUCAAGCUCGGCGACGUCGCCCCCAAGGGCCGCUUUAUGCCCGCCGACGCCGUCCCUCGAGGCUCGACGAGCUCGUCGCGCUGGGUCGUGGGUGACGUACUUACCCCCGGCCAGCCAAGCACCAAGGAUGCACCCCGUGACAAGAAAGCGGCGGCCGCUGCCCUCCCGGGUAUCCCGAGCUUGCCUCUCUCUUCGCGGGAUGCUGGUCCGCUGCUCAAGGCUCUCAAGGGCAAGGGCCAGCCGGCCUUCCACGCCUGGGUAGGAGGGGUACCCGAUGUUGGCAAGUGGUGGACCGGCGACCAGUCGUCGCCCAUCGUCCGUCUUAAGAACGAGCAGGACGAGGUCGAGAUGCAGCCCGUCUACAACGUGUACGGCAGGAUCGCCGGCAUGGAGCAAGGCGAAAAGUCCAUUAUUGUCGGAAACCACCGCGACUCCCUCGCGUUCGGCGCCACGAACCCCCACAGCGGUACCUCGGUCAUGAUUGAGUUGGCCCGCGUGCUCGGCGAUCUGCGCUCGCGCGGCUGGAUCCCCCUUCGCACCAUCGAGUUCAUGUCGUGGGACGCGGCCGAGUACAACCUGAUUGGAUCGACCGAGUACGUCGAGCUCAACGAGCAGACUCUCCGCGACAACGCCUGGGCCUACAUCAAUCUCGACCGCACCGUCCUGCUCCUGCGGAUCCUCGACCGUCUCUGGGACCCGGCCUUCAACACCACCCUGCGCGAGGUCUGGAACAACCGCCGCGGCGUCCUCGAGAACCUCGAUUGCACGAGCGACUACCUCCCCUUCCAGAGCAUCGUUGGCACCAGCUCCAUCGAACUCGGCUUCCGCGGCGAGGACUUCCCCGAGUACACUAGCUACGACAACUUUGAGUGGGUACAGGCUGUCGGCGAUCCAGGCUUCGUUUACCACCGUAUGAUGGCCGAGGUCGUCGGACUCAUGGUCCUGGAGCUCGCCGAUCGGUACGUCAUGCCCUACGACAUGGAGCACUACGCCAACAAGCUCGACACCUACGUCAAGGAGCUCGGUAAGUGGGCCAAGGGCGUCGCCGACGGUGCCAGCAAGAAGAAGAAGCCGGAGCUCGUGCUAGCCCCCUGA